AUGGUCAACACCCCGAAGGAGUCGUGGGCUAGCCCGAUUAUAGACUAUCUGAAGGAUGGAGUGGUGCCAACAGACAAGAGGGAGGCUAGGAGGCUAGUUUACAAGGCAGCCCGAUACACCUUGGUAGAUGGGGUCCUAUACAAGAGGGGGUUUUCUGUGCCACUCUUGCGGUGUGUUGAUGAGGAAGAAGCUAUGAAGGUGUUGUAUGAAAUACAUGAGGGUGAAUGUGGCAACCAUGCAAGUGGACCAUCCACGGCUCGGAAAGCCAUGAGGCAAGGGUACUACUGGCCUUCCAUGGAGAGAGAUGCUAAUGAUUUCGCAAGGAAAUGUGACAAAUGCCAAAGGUUCGGAGUGCCCUACAAGAUUAUUUCUGACAAUGGCACUCAAUUUGAAGGGGGAACGUUCGAGGAAUACUGUAGGGAAAGGGGCAUAAGGAGGAGCUUCUCGGCCGUCGUGCAUCCAUAG